CCCUGAUGAACUGUCAUCCAUAUCACUCUGAUCACUCAUCGAUGAUUUCAUGGAAAUGUGACUAUUUUACAAUUACAAAGAGUAUUUCGAUGUUUUGGUCAGUGUUUCCGAGGAGGAUCGACAGACUAAUCGAUUGAUUAUUCUUCCUGGAUCAACGGAAAUACGCGUAAUAUCAGGAUUACAUCGUUGAAGGCGUAAACAGAAAAGUGCGCAGCUGUUCCUUCAUUUAAACACUUUGUUUUAUAUCGAGAUUCCAAUAUGCCAAUUUUAUACAGUGUGGUGGCUCGUGGAACAAUUAUAUUGGCAAAACAUGCUGCAUGUGUUGGAAAUUUUGAAGAAGUCACUGCAAAAAUCUUGGCAAAGAUACCACCGGACAAUGACAAACUCACAUACUCGCAAGGGCCUUAUCUUUUUCACUAUAUCUGUGAGGAUCGCCUUAUUUACAUGUGCAUUACUGACGAUGAUUUUCAAAGAUCCAGGGCAUUUUUGUAUCUCAAUGAAAUCAAGAGAAGAUUCUUGGCUGUUUAUGGACCAGGUGCUCAAACUGCCGUAGCUUAUGCCAUGAACACAGAAUUUGGCCACGUUUUGGCUAACGAAAUGAAGCAUUAUAGCGAAUCUAAGGAUCUUGAUAGAUUGUCUAAAGUUCAUGGCGAGUUAGAUGAGCUUAAAGACAUAAUGGUAAAAAAUAUCGACAAUAUAGCGAUGCGUGGCGAGCGAUUGGAAUUGCUUGUAAACAAAACAGAAAAUUUGUCUGCUAAUUCCGUGACGUUCAGAAAGACAAGUAGAAACCUAGCACGCUCCUUAUUUUGGAAGAAUGUCAAAAUUUAUGUCAUUGUCGGCGCAAUUUUAAUAGUUGUAGUAUACGUGAUUGUUUCUAUAACAUGCGGAGGUUUGGCUUGGCAAAAAUGUGUGGGAAAUUAAUAUAUUAUGUGUAUGUACAAUACAAUGUUCAAUGCCAAUUGAAUAUAUACAGAAGAAAAGUGAAAAGUGCGUGAAAAUCUAGUAUAAGACUGAAAAUUAUUAGAUCCGCGAAAUUACAC